UUUGUACGACUUGACUUGACACCACAGCGAUUUUGUGGCGGGAACAUACAGCCUAUAAAUAGUCGAGGUUGGUAAUGGAAGAACAGCUGACAGCCAAGAUCAUCAGGACAAAGAUGUCGGGAAAUAUUUCCCCUCAGAUCCCAAGUGUUGAGGCUGAAGAGCCCAAAGAAGUAGCAAAAAUUAUUGAAGACGAUCAUUCCAAAGGAGUUCCUGAAAAUGAUCUGGAGAAAGUUGAAGAUGUUGAGGAAAGCAAAGAAGACUCUUGUGAGGGUGUGGUCACAACUGAUAUGCUAAAGGAAGAGGAAAACUUGGAAAAUGAGGGAAAGAAAGAAGAAGGGAAAUUUAAAGAAGAACAACAGAAGAUAUGGGAUCAACUUGACAAUGCAGAUCGAGAACUUCGGUACAACAAACUUCAGCUUCUGCUGAACAAGAGUACAGUGUAUACCCAAUACUUAAUAAAAAGGAUGGAAAGACAAAAGCAAGAAGACCAAAAAAGGAGAGAACGUCUUGCUAAAAAAAUGGCAAAGAAGACUCAAGCAGAGACUUCAGAUCAGAAGAACUCAACAGAUGAAAGGCGAUCACACAGAACCAAGACCUCCAUGUACAGCUCUCCGUCAUCCUCUCAAGAAAAAAAAAUUGGUAAAGGAAGAAAAAGGAAAGAGGGCAUGGAAUCUUCUGAUGCUAAGCCCACAGCAAAACGUAAGAAGAGAGAUCCAGAUCCACAGAACUUGACUGCAAGUGAAGGUGAUAAUGUUAACCAGGAAUCGGACCAAAUUAAUUCCUCAACUACAACUCAGUACACUAAAAGUAUCGCAGAUGGGUUAUCAAAAGAACAGGCAAAUAGUGAUACAGAAGAGAUGUUGAUUGAAGAGACAGAGAAGAAAGCAUUGUUGGAAAAGAAUGAUGAGCACCCUGUGCUGUUUACAGGGGGAAGUUUAAGGCAGUAUCAAAAGGAAGGAUAUAAAUGGCUGAGGACAUCGUAUGAAAAUGGGGUGAAUGGAAUUUUGGCUGAUGAGAUGGGAUUGGGUAAGACUGUACAGUGUAUAGCAAUGCUGGCCCAUUUGAUCUAUCAGGGAGUGACUGGGCCCUUUCUAGUGGUUGCCCCUUUAUCCACCCUUCCCAACUGGUACUCUGAGUUCAGAAGAUUUACUCCAAAGGUGCCUGUGAUACUCUACCAUGGAACACCCGAUGAACGCACACGCCUCCGCAUACAGAUCAGGAAGACUACUCCCAUUCGUGAGGGUGUCAAUGUACAACCAGUGGUCAUCACGUCGUAUGAAAUAACCAUGAGAGACAGGACUUCACUGCAAAGCCAUGAUUGGAAGAUCUUGAUUGUGGAUGAAGGUCAUCGCAUCAAGAACACUCACUGCAGACUCAUAAGAGAGCUGAGGAUGUACGGAAACACUCAUCGCCUGCUUCUCACCGGAACACCUCUACAAAACAAUUUAGCAGAGCUGUGGUCCCUUUUGAACUUUCUGUUACCAGAAAUAUUUGAUGACCUUGGCAGCUUUGAGAUGUGGUUUGAUGUGGAGAGACUGUCAUUAGAGAAUGCAGAGGAGAAAAUUGUCAAGGAAGAGCAACAGAAGAAUAUUUUAUCAAUGCUCCACCAGAUUCUGACCCCUUUUAUGUUAAGACGAUUAAAGCAGGACGUUGAGUUAAAAUUGCCACCCAAGAAAGAGCUUCUUGUUUACGCCCCCAUGUCAAGCUUGCAGCAAGAAUACUACACAUCUACUGUGGACAAAACUAUCUUGGACAAGAUUCAAGAGAAAUCCAAGGAACCAGAAUUCAUUGAAUAUGACUCAAAUGGUCGCCCAGUGAGGCAGUCAAGGAAGAAAACUGUGAAUUACUCUCUGUUGGAUGAGAAGGAUGAUGGGUGUUCCGACUCUGAUCUGGAAGAAGACUUGGAAAAAUGGUUCAAUGUAGUUCAAGACAGCUCAGCAUCAUAUACUGCAAAAGAGAAAGUACCUGCCAAGUCUGUGGUGACCAUUCGCAUGCAAAACAUUAUGAUGCAGCUGAGGAAGUGUUGUAACCAUCCUUAUCUGUUGGAAUACCCGCUGACGGAGAGUGGAGACUACAAGAUAGACGAGGACCUUGUACAGACCUGUGGAAAGAUGAAGCUUUUGGAUGCCAUGCUUGCAGAGCUCAAACUCAGGAAACAUAAGGUCUUGAUCUUUUCUCAGAUGACCAAAAUGCUGGACAUUUUGCAAGAUUUUUGUUGGCUUAGAAAGUACAAAUUUUGUCGGCUAGAUGGCUCCACCAGUAUCCAAGAGCGCCAGGAGCAGAUGGCUGAUUUUAACAGUAAUCCAGAAGCAUUCAUUUUCCUGUUAAGCACUAGAGCUGGAGGGUUGGGGAUCAAUCUGGUUGGGGCAGACACUGUGAUCAUAUACGACAGUGACUGGAAUCCCCAGUGUGAUCUCCAGGCCCAAGACAGGUGUCACAGAAUAGGACAGAGUAAGCCCGUGGUCAUCUACCGCUUAGUGACCACCAACACCAUUGACCAGCGCAUUGUGGAGAGAGCUGCAGCCAAACGGAAGCUGGAGAAAAUGGUGAUUCACAAAGGAAGAUUCAAGUCUGGCAUGGAAAACUUUAGUGACAAGUUUAAACCUUUAAGUCCCCAGGAGUUAAUGGAGCUACUGAAAGCCAAGGACCAUGAAAAUGAAGUGAAGGAUGUGGACAACUUGAGUAAAGAGGCAUUGGACAGCCUGUUAGAUAGAUCAGACCUGUAUGCUAAAUGGAAGGAUCAAGAGGAGGCAGAUAAAUCACAAAGGACUAAAGGCAAGAAACCAAAGAAGCAACAAAAGACAAGUGUAUUUUCAGUGAUAGAUGAGGAAAUUUGAUGAUAAAAAAUGACAAGAUAUGACUUGAGACGCCUUAAUUCCCUUUAUCUUGUCAGUGAGUCAAUAAUAAAGUUAAAUCCAACUGAUUUGUUAUUUUAUCAUAUAAAUCAUAUGUGAGUUAUUCAAGAAAAAUUAAAAACAGUUAACCUUUUCUUUAAAAUAACAAUUUACCAUGUACUGCAUGUGCCUUCAAUAUUUUAUAAUAAAGAAAGAUAACUCUUGCUGAUUGAAA